AUGCCAGAUGAUUCUGUUCCCCUUUUCCUCCCAUCAGGGAGCUGUUCAGAACUUCCUCCAGUGGACAAUAGUGUAGUUGUUGAUAAGGAAACAGAAGGACAGAUUCAGGGAAUUUACCUGUGUAAAGGCUACCACUUGGUGGGAAAGCAGUCUUUGGUCUUUGAUCCCUCAAAGGAAUGGAAUGCUUCCCUCCCAGAGUGCCAGUAGGGCCACUGUCCUGACCCUGUACUGGAAAAUGGCAAGAUCAGUUCUUCUGGGCCUGUGAAUCUAAGUGACAAAAUCAUGUUUGAGUGCAGUGACAGUUACAUUCUCAAGGGAAGCAGUUUGAGCCAGUGUCUAGAGGACCACAACUGGGCCCCUCGCUUUCCCAUCUGCCAAAGCAGAGACUGUGAACCUCCUGGGUCUCCUGUCUAUGGCUAUUUUGAAGGAGAAACAUUCACUUCAGGAUCUGUUGUUACUUAUUACUGUGAAGAUGGGUACAGCCUAGUGGGCACACAGACACUGCAGUGCAUUGAUGGGGAGUGGAACAGUUCCUAUCCUACCUGUGAGUCCAUUCAAGAAACCCCCAAACCUGCUGAAGAGACUGCACUUGAGAAAGCAAUUUUUGCCUUUCAGGAGAGUAAGGACCUUUGCAGUGCUACAGAGAAAGUUGUGAGAAGACUAAAGGAAGGUCGGCUAAUGAUGGAAGAACUUACAUAGUCCCUGGAGAUGAAGAAAACUAAGUUGAAGGCUGAUAUGUUACUGAAAGAUAGAAUGGUCACUGACAUACACCUAUGAAUAAACUGCUUC